CUCAAUCAUCCUUUUUUGUUCUUCAACCAAAAUUUGUAAUAAACCAAAAAAGAAAAGAAAAUAAUUAAAAAAAAGAAGCAAAAUCCAAAAAUAUCGGCGGCCAUAGCAGAAGUCGUAUUACUUCCGUAAUAAGGACCAGUCGUUCAAUCGUUUCAGAUUUUCCCCACUGAUACGAACCCAACACAAAACAAUAACAACAAACAACUCAAACAAGAAAGAAGAAGAAGAAGAAGAAGAAGAAGAAACAGUUAGAGAGAGAGAAAAACAUGGGAAGCACUAGCGGUGCUCUCAUUUCCCAGUUGCAGUUCAACCUCAAGCUCAACAAGCAGUGCUGCUUUGAGCGCCUUGGCACUAUCAAAUCUCAUCUCAACUCCGUGCAAUCCCACAAUCCAAGGAGGCCAAUCUUGAGUCUUCGCACUCGCAGGGAUUCUAGAAGCUUCGUUUGCUUUGCCGUCGACGACGAUUUGAGAGAGAAGAAGCAGAUUGAGCUGGGUGGUGGGUCCGGGAUUGCCUCCGCUCUCGAGGACAGGCCUGAUGUUGCUGCUAGUUCAAGAGAAGAAACAUUAGGAAGUCUUGACCAAGAUAAGGAGGACGGUCCAAUUUAUGAUUUUUUAUAUCCUGACAAAGAGCUUCUCCCAGAUGAUAAAGAAAUGAGUUUAUUUGAUCAUCUUGAAGAGCUGCGUGAGAGACUUUUUGUAUCAAUUUUGGCAGUUGGAGCCGCUAUUUUGGGUUGCUUUGCAUUUUCUAAAGAUCUGAUAGUGAUUCUUGAAGCUCCAGUUAAAACACAGGGUGUACGGUUCUUGCAGCUUGCUCCUGGCGAGUUUUUCUUCACGUCUUUAAAGGUAUCAGGAUAUUGCGGCCUUCUCCUAGGAAGCCCUGUCAUUCUCUAUGAGAUUAUAGCCUUUGUUCUUCCAGGUUUAACAAAAGCAGAAAGAAGAUUUCUGGGGCCAAUUGUUUUAGGUUCUUCGGUACUUUUCUAUGCUGGUAUUGUCUUCUCCUAUUUGGUUCUAGCGCCAGCUGCUUUGACUUUCUUCGUUACUUAUGCGGAAGGGGCUGUGGAAUCUUUAUGGUCCAUUGAUCAGUACUUUGAGUUUAUCCUUGUCCUCAUGUUCAGCACAGGCUUGUCUUUCCAGGUUCCAGUUAUACAGUUUCUAUUGGGGCAAGUGGGUCUUUUCACAGGAGACCAAAUGCUGUCGAUUUGGAGAUACGUUGUGGUUGGUGCAGUUGUGGUAGCUGCCGUGCUCACACCAUCAACUGACCCACUCACUCAGAUGCUUUUGGCAACACCUCUACUUGGUCUCUACUUGGGUGGUGCCUGGAUGGUUAAGCUUGCAGGGAAGUGAACAUUCAAAAGCAUGAUUUGUUCCGCGUGGAGUCGACUAGUGGAGAGUUUACAAAGGACCCCGUAUAUUCACAACAUUAUGUAACAUAUAUAUGUUAUUCAGAGGGAGGAACCAAAAUUGCCAAUGUUGAUCAUCUAAUGUGCUGAUCAUUGUAGACGUUUUCCAGCGAAAUAUACAGUCAAUGGUUCUUUCCCAGUACAAAACGGUAGAUCUUGAUUGUUAUUGAUGAAGUAAUAACAAAAAAAAAAAAAAAAAAAAAA